AUGGCCCAGUUUGCACAGGUCAUGGCUGAAGUGGGCGAUUUUGGUCGCUUCCAGGUGCGGUUGACCAUCCUGAUGGGCAUCCCCAAUUUCCUGUCUGCAUUCUUCGUGUUUAGCCAGGUCUUCAUGGUCCUUGAUGAGGCUCACUACUGUUCAGUGUCCUGGGUUAAGAACCACACUUUCAACCUAAGUGCUGCUGAGCAGCUGGCUGUCAGCAUACCCAACGACACGGCAGGCAGGCCCGAGUCCUGCCUCAUGUUCCGGCCACCUCCUGACAAUGCCAGCCUGGAAGACAUCCUGAGCCACCGCUUCAAUGAGACACAGGCCUGCGACUCGGGCUGGGACUAUCCUGAGAACAGGCCUCCGUCCCUAAAGAACGAGUUUGACCUGGUGUGUGAGCGGGAGAACCUGAAGAGGACCUCGCAGUCGGUGUUCAUGGCGGGGCUCCUAGUGGGGGCCCUAGUCUUUGGGCCUGUCUGUGACUGGAUUGGCCGCAGACCCUCCCUCCUAAUGCAGCUGCUUCUGUCAGGCAUCGCAAGUAUGGCUACAGCCUUUGUGUCCAGCUUUGAGCUCUAUAUGACCCUACGCUUUGCCUUGGCUACUGCCAACGCUGGAUUUUUACUGAGCAGCAAUGUCCUGCUUUCAGAGUGGGUGGGAACAUCCCGGAGGACACGAGCCAUGGUCCUGGCCCAGAGCAACUUUGCCCUUGGGCUGAUGGCGUUAGCAGGACUGGCCUAUGGUGUCCGAAACUGGAGACUCCUUCAGAUAAUAGGCACCACACCCAUCUUCCUGCUUGUCUUCUAUUUCUGGGUUCUGCCAGAAUCUCCACGGUGGCUCCUCUCUCAAGGAAGGACAGAGGAGGCCAAACAGCUGGUCCAGAAGGCAGCCUUGGUGAACGGCCGGCCACUUGCCUCUGAGCUCCUGAACCAGCUGGUCCCUGAGAAGACAGGCCCCUCGGGGAAUGCCUUGGAUCUUUUCAGACACCCUCAGCUCAGGAAGGUGACUCUGAUUCUCAUAGCUGUCUGGUUUGUGGACAGCCUGCUGUACUAUGGACUCGGCUUCCAAGUGGGGGACUUUGGUCUGGACAUCUACCUGACACAGGUAAUAUUCGGAGUAGUGGAAGUACCUGCCCGUCUUUCCAGCAUCCCCAUGAUGGAGAAGCUGGGUCGGAAGUGGAGCCAGCUCUGUACCCUGACCCUUGCUGGUGUCAUGUGUGUCAUCAUCAUCUUCAUCCCAGGAGAUCUUCCCACAGUGGCCACUGCACUGGCUGUGGUGGGGAAGUUUGCCUCGUCUGCUGCCUUCACCAUUUCCUAUGUGUACACUGCUGAGCUCCUCCCCACCAUCAUCAGGCAAACAGGCAUGGGGUUGGUGAGCAUCUUCUCCAGGGUCGGGGGCAUCAUCACACCCCUUGUGAUGCUGCUGGAACAGUACCACAAGGCGAUUCCCAUGCUGAUCUUUGGCAGCCUCCCCAUUGGGGCAGGCCUACUGUGUGCUCUGCUGCCUGAGACAAGAGGCCAGACCCUGAAGGACACCCUCCAGGACCUGGAGCAGGGGGGCCCCCCACGGUCCUCAGUGACACAGUCCCUUGAAAAAGAAAUGGAGGCCAACGGAAGAAGCUUUAUCCCAGGAGUUAGCAUUGGUAGUGCUCCUUGUUCUGAUUGUGGUUGUUAAGGACCAGUUCACAUACAGCACCUGAUUACACAGUGGGUGUCAGUGGGCUCUGCUUUGAAGGAGGGACAGGCCCGCUUGUUGUGAUUGGACAGGACCCACCUCCUUGUUUACCUCUGUCUGAUUUACCCCUCUGUCUGACUUCCUGCUCAGUACCAUGACUGCAUUAGGGUCCUCUGUGUGUCUGUGGGUGUGUCAUGGUGAAUGGGAUCCCACUGGAAAGAGUACAUUCAUAGGCGAGCUAUCUCAUCACAAGCAUGAGCAUGGGAAGAGCUAGUACCACUCUCCUCCUUGGUCAGGCCUCUUACAUGUCCCAUCAGUCUUCACAUAGCCACGCCCAGGCCUCAUGUCCGCAAUGCAAAGCCUUGAGAACACUGUGAAACCAUUUCCAGAGCACACCGAUGCUUUAGCAUCCCCCCUUCACCCUUGGUCACCUCCUCCUCCGCCUCCUCCUCCAAGAGAGCAGCGCUGUCCCUGUCCGCUGGCAUCCAGUCAUGGAUAUGUCCUACUGCUCUCUUCUGAGAUCACAGACAAUCAUGCUCUUCAGCUUGCUUAUGCUGCAUGUUCCUCUGCUGAGAAGCAAAAAUGGGAAAGUGCAGUUCCAGGCUGAUGCCCUCGACUUCUCCGAGCGAUGUGGCCGGGUGUUGGUGCUCCUUCCUUGGCAGUGAUUGUCAUCCUGGGGAGACUUAGUGGGAUCCUUAGCUGACACAGUAUUCUACAAGGGUUUGCCUGUGGCUUUUGUUUUUGUUGUUCUGUCUUACGAGCUGUAUUCCCAGACUUGCCUUUAGGGUCUCUGUUGACAUUAUCUCUUACAUUUCUUUGGGAUUAUAUAUGUCUUGGAGAAAUAUUUUCAAUCUGUAAUGCUUAAUUUUCAUUGUCAACAUGACUGAUUGGAAUGACUAAGGAAGGACAUCUGUGGCUGGUGUCUGUCUAGCUGUUUUCAGAAGUUUCACUGAGGAGGGAAGACCUUCCCUGAAUGUGGGCAGUAUCCUAUUGGCUAUGGCCCUGAACUCAAUAAAUAAAUAAAGCCAUGAA